UCUUUUUUGGGUCAAUGGUCAUUGACCGUAUCAUCUAGAUAAAAAGGAUGGGUCUACAGUCGUAAAUUUUCAACUGUCCGAAACCCAGCACAGACUAAUGUAACCCAGCAUAGAUUAAACUCACUACCUUUGCCGUGUUCGAAAAUGGAGGCCAUUCUUGUUCUGAGCACAGCCUCUGUUUCGGGGUCUCUCAACCCCAAACGUCUUUCUAUUUUUUGCCAUCAAUCACAAUCUUCGCAAAAUCGAGCUCUAGCACGCAAGAUAAUCCGGACAUGGAAGCAGGAAGAGUGUUUCAAUGGGAAAGAUAAUUAUGUAGAUUGUGUACCGCUAAUACAGAGUUUAAGUAGACAAAAGAUGCCUCAUAUAGCUCAGGAGGUUUUACUUGAGAUGAAAUCGGAUGGUCUUGUGCCAAGUAACUCCACUCUAUCUGCUGUAAUGCUAUGUCAUGCGAAGAAUGGCCUUUUCCCUCAAGCUGAGGCAAUUUGGGACGAAAUGUUGAACAGCUCUUUUGUGCCCAGUAUUCAGGUUGUGGCGGAGCUAUUUGAUGUUUAUGGCAAUGUGGGAUGUUUCCGAAAGGUAAAUGAAAUUGUGGGUCAGAUAAGAUCGAGGAAUUUAAGUUUGUUACCGGAGGUUUACUCACUAGCUAUCUCUUGCUUUGGGAAGGGAGGACAGCUUAAAUUGAUGGAAGAUACAUUGAAAGAAAUGGUAUCAAUGGGCUUCCCUGUAGACUCGGUCACUGGUAAUGUUUUUAUUAGGUACUAUAGCAUUUUUGGUUCUCUGACUGAAAUGGAGACUGCUUAUGGUCGCCUUAAGAGAUCCAGGUUUUUGAUAGAGGAAGAGGGAAUCAGGGCAAUGUCUUUGGCGUAUCUAAAGAAAAGGAAGUUUUAUAGUUUAGCUGAGUUCCUGAAGAGUGUUGGUCUAGGUAGAAGAAACUUGGGAAAUCUUUUAUGGAACCUAUUGUUGCUAUCCUAUGCUGCCAAUUUUAAGAUGAAAAGCUUACAAAGAGAAUUUCUGAGAAUGGUGGAAGCUGGAUUCCACCCUGAUCUCACUACGUUUAAUAUUCGUGCUCUGGCUUUUUCAAGAAUGUCUCUGCUCUGGGAUCUCCAUCUUACUCUUGAACACAUGAAACAUGAGAAAGUUGUUCCUGAUCUUGUCACUUGUGGUUGUAUUGUUGACGCAUACUUGGAUAGAAGACUGGGAAGAAACUUGUAUUUUGCUUUAAACAAAAUGAACUUGGAUGAUUCUCCGGUAGUCUUAACAGAUCCAUUUGUAUUUGAAGUUCUGGGGAAAGGCGACUUCCAUGCAAGCUCAGAGGCAUUUUUGGAGUUUCGGAAGCAGAAGGAAUGGACUUAUAGGAAGCUAAUUUCAGUAUAUUUGAAAAAGCAAUAUCGGAGGGACCAGAUAUUUUGGAAUUACUGAAUAGCGACUUGCACGAUGUGUAAAUACAUGUUUAUAGAAAUUGUUGUCAUUUGAUUGGGGUUACAGUUCUCGAUUGAUUGGAUAAACGAAUGGAUGAUGAUCGUUUGAUUUUUGUGACCUUCGUGACUCUCGUAGAAUUCUCAUUUGAAUGGAUCAUGCAUGUUAUUAUACAAGAUGGUGAUAUCAGCUCCAAUAUUCAUCUUCCAUUGUGCAUGGACAUGGUUCAUGGUUUUGCCAGAGUACUGUUGUUGUUAGGCUCAUUCGAGAUAAUCAUAAUGUUUUCCUGAUCUCAUAGAUCUUAUGCAGGCUCUCCUUGUUCAGGCUGUUGUGUAUUGUUGAGAUGGAUGACGUAUCAAUAUCAUGCUAUAGAUGCCAGCCUGAACUUAUCAAAGUUGUUGAAUGUUACUUUCACUCAGACUCGAAGUAGACUGAGAGAAGUAAGAAAUAAAGGUAAGACUAGUCCUACUAUUCUAUAAAUCACACUUGCUAAUCUGUCAUACAAAACUAAUUCAGUUAGUGUCUGUUCCCUGUUGCUGUGUACUGUAGUUUCUCUCUGAAUAAUAGGUUUUGAUGUGCUUUCUAUGCUUCGUAUAAAUUACUAUGAGACCUUAAGUAGCAUAAUUUCUAUGGAUAGGUGUAAUAUUUGAGAAACAAUUGUUUGUAACUUUUUCUUGGUAAUGCUUGAGAACGCUCCUAGUUUAGAUAAUGUACACUGCCAGAAAAUAAAAUGGUUUUCCUGUAUUUAACUGUAAAUAA